GUCAUAGGAACUACAGUGCUCUUCAUCGGGUACGAGUUAUGUCGUCGUAGAAUGAAUUAAACACAUACACAGCGUUGAUCGUAGUUCUACCAUGGAGAAGAGUAUGUCCAAGAAGGUAGACCCGACAUCCAGGUGCUGUCUAGCUCUCAUCUGCUUCUUCACUCUGGCAGUGUCGUUGGCCGUUGGCAUCGUUGUGGGAAAGUAUGCCCUUUGCUCUGAUGGCAAGCAGGAUCAGACUCCCCAAAGUGUACAAGAAGAGCAGAAUGAUGGUACCAGAGAUAACCUGGAUAUCAUGAUGGAAGAUAUUGAUCAACAGAAUAUUGGAAACAUCCUCAGAAACUUGUCUCUUGUCCCCCACCUUGCUGGCGAGCAAAGGAACCAGCAACUGGGCGACUUCGUCCAGAACUACUGGACUGACAUUGGCCUUGAUGAGGUCAAGUCGGUCAAGUUUGACGUGCUGUUGUCCUACCCGAAUGCCACCCAUCCCAACCAGGUGUUCCUACUGGACAAGGCCAACAAUGUUGUAGCCGAGUCUCCCCUGGUGGAAAAAGUACUGACAUCGGAAGAAAACAGCACAGAUGUGGUAGCGCCCUUCCUGGCCUACUCUAAGGCCGGUUCUGUGCAGGGAAAAGUGGUGUAUGUGUAUUAUGGGCGAGUGGAAGAUUACGACGUCCUCGACAUCCUUGGCAUCAGCGUAAACGGCAGCAUCGUCAUUGCAAGAUACGGCAAAAUCUACCGCGGCGAUAAGGUAAAGAUUGCCGAGAAACAUGGAGCAAUAGGGGUCAUUCUCUACUCUGACCCUCAGGACUACCACCCGCAUUUUUAUAAGGGCGUCUACCCGAAAACCUGGUGGCUCCCCCCUACCGGUGCGCAGAGAGGGUCUGUCUAUGAGGGCAUCGAAGACCCCCUAACACCUGGAUACCCGGCGACAGAGUUCGCCUAUCGUAUUCCGGUGGAGGAGGCAGAUCCGCCAUUGCCAGGUAUACCAGCCCACGUCGUCGGGUACGGAUUUGCGGAGAAGAUUUUCAGAGAGAUGGAUGGCAUCAUGGCUCCUAUUGACUGGCGAGGGGAGCUGAAUGUAACCUACUGGCUUGGGCCCGGCUUCAAAACCCAGAUGUCUGUCAGGCUGAAUGUGACAACCCGUAAUGAACGUAGUCAAAUAACGGACGUCAUUGGCGUCGUGCGGGGCGAGGUGGAACCAGACAGGUACAUUCUCAUCGGUAACCAUAGAGACGCGUGGGUGUUUGGAGCCAUGGAUCCGUCUUCCGGUACUGCCAUCAUGAUGGAGAUGUCACGUGCCCUCAUGAACAGAAUUAAGUCAAGUAACUGGCGCCCCAAACGGACUAUUAUCUUCUGCAGCUGGGAUGCGGAGGAGUAUGCAUUGAUUGGAUCUACAGAGUUUGUACAGAAAUAUGUGAAGAACUUACUGAACAGAGCUGUGGCCUAUUUGAAUGUGGAUAUUGCUGUCGAGGGUAAUUAUACUCUGGACGUGAUGGGGACUCCCCUGUUGUAUGAAACAGCGGUCGAGGCUGCCAAACGGGUGCGUGUGCCCGACAAAGACACGCCUUUGUAUGACGAAUGGCGGGAUCGGAGGGAGAUGGUGGACCUCAAUAACAAGGGUUUAGGAAUACCAAGCUUCCCCAGCCCCGGCUCUGGGAGCGACUACGACAACUUCCUGCAACUCGCUGGCGUCCCCAUCAUGGACUUCCGAUACAUAUAUAACAAGGUAAAAAAAUACAAAAUCGGAUCCUACCCUCUCUACCAUUCAGAAUAUGAAACAUUUUACGCAGUAAAGCACUUUGUCGACCCAGAGUUUAAGUAUCACCGGGCUAUAGGACAAGUGUGGAUGGCUGCAGCCUACACCCUAAGCGAGACGUCCCUUCUACCUUUCAACGUCUCCUUCUACGCAUGGACACUGCAGAACCUACAAAAGCAACUUGAUUUCUACUACAGCAACAUACUACAAAAGCAUCUACCUGACUACGAGAAGAACCUGACGAUGGCAAUUCAUGACUUCAGCCAAUCAGCUGCCGAGUUCAUGACAAGACAACUGCACGUGAACCAGUCUGACCCUCUGUCCGUCCGCCGCAUCAAUGACCAGCUGCUGCAAUUAGAGAGAGCCUUCUUGGAUCCUAACGGAAUCCCAGGCAGAUCCUAUUUCAGGCACAUCCUGUUCGCCCCCAGCAGUGUAAACAGCUAUGCAGGGUCGUCAUUCCCUGGUCUCACCGAUCUGCUUUUUGAGAUUGACAAAUCAGCGGAUCCUGCUAAACAAUGGGAGAGAGUCAAACAACACUUCUCGGUCACAUUGUUCACCAUCCAGUCAGCUGCCGCGACUCUCAGAGACCCAGCCCACUUCCUUUGAUAUGGAUUAAAAUUAUCAAUAUGCUUCAAGAUAUUGUGUAACAUGAUUCUAGUCACAUACUGCUCAAAGUUUAGUGAGAUUUUGGUAUUGAUGAUGUUGGCAUAGAGCAAACUACUUCAAUAAGUUUCUUUAAAACUUUAUAUAUUCAAACGACCCAAUUGUUUCAUAUGUCCAAAGUACACCGAAAUUCGGGCAAGACCCGUAAUUCUCAGUCCUAUUUGUAAAUCAGUUACCACCUCCCUACAUAGAGUAAUGUCCCCUCUCUGUAAAACCUGACUGACAUGAUCAGUCGGAGAGACGGUCUCCAGUCUGGGAGACUGAAGUUCUCAUCGAAUGAAGC